AUGAAACGAACUAGAAGGAUCAUAGAAGGACAUAUUGGAUUUGGAUUCGAUGGCUCUAGGCACAAAAUAAACUCUCAGAAACAGUCGACCCAGAAAAUAUAUGGAGAUAGGGUGCCAAAUCUGGUAACAAGGACCGGAAGGAAAGCAGAUGGAUGGGGUGCCAAAUCUGGUAACUGGAGCAGCCAAAGAAAUAAUCCUGGGAGACCCCCAAGGAGACCAGAUGAGAGGGGUCCACCUCCACCAAGACAACGGUUUGAACUAACAAUAGAGGAGAAGAACAUUCUUCUAGAAGUUGAACCCAUAAUAUUCCGUGUGAGAAGUUGA